AUGGCUACUAGAUAGAAAACUAAUCCGAAUGAUUCCAAGAAGAAAAAUAAAGAUAAUACAAAUAAUUCUAAUAAAACUUCCAAAAAAAAAGUUAAAUCUAAAUCUCUAGUUAAUCAAGAAUAAGUCCUGAAUUUAAAAUCAAGCUUUGAAACCUUAAUAAAAAAUAAGUAAUAGUUUACUAAAAAUAGAGAGGAUCUUGAAAAGAUAAUUGAAAAUUAAGAAAGUAAAAUUAAGGAUCUAAAAUUCAAUGAAAAAAAUUUAUAAGAAGAAUUGAAAAGACAAGGUGAUAUUGCAAGAGAAGCACUAAAUAAACUAUAUUAAUAUCAAUAGGAAAAUAACAUAGAAAGAGAAAAGUUGAGGAAAUAUUAUGAAGGUAUUCAACCGUUAAUUUAAUAGAUUAUUAUAAAAUAAAAGAGUAGGAAGUGAUUUAGAAAUACGAAGGAUUAAUUCAAUAAUCUAAUAUUAAUAUAUCUGAUUAUCAUAAAAAAUUGAAAGAUUUUGCAUUAAAAGAAUAGAAUUACAAAGAAGAAAUUGAACUAUUAAAGAAAACAUCAAGAAAUAUUUAGAGUCCUAGAGACAGAGUAAAUUAUUAUUGAAAUAUUGUUUUUUAGAAUUUUCAAGAAUAAUUGAAUGAUAUGGAAGUAAAACUUAAUUAAGCGAAUAAAAAUAAUGAGCAAGUUAAAAUAUUAUAAAAUGAGAACUCUAAUUUAUUUGUGAAAAUUGAACAUUAUGAAAAAUAAUUGUGUAAAAAGAAUGAAAAAGUAAAAUAAUUAAAAGAAUAAUUUAGUAAACAAAUAAUUGAGUUAUAAUAAGAAAUAAAGGUAAUCAUUUUUAUAAAUUUAUGAUUCUUUAGUAUUGGAAAAAUGAAAUGGAUAAAGUAAUUAGAUAGAAUAAUCUUGUAAUUUCUAAAUUAACUCCAUAAAAGUUACGAUAUUGA